AUAUUUAGUGGUUCAUUUAUGCAAGUUAUAUCACACAGCAUGUUGGCGAGUAUAUUCCAUUGUCUCCGAUUUAGAAAUAUUCAUAAUUAUCGUCCGGUGAUGUUUUUGCCCUUAGAUCAAUUGGCCCUUAGUGAACCUAAACAAUGUGAAACUAAUCUUGAUUGCAAAACCAAGCAUAGCUACUGCAAGGUUAUGGAUACUUCAACUGGUACAUCGCAAGGAAAUACUCCUCCUACAACAAUAGGUCAAGGACAGACAACUUCCAUGCAUAUCUCAACUGCUGGAAUCACUAAAAGCAAUUCAGAAACAACAAAAAUUGCAACUACGAAGGCAGAUGAGCUGACAACGCAAAGUGAGACGAUCAAUGAAACGACUACGGGAAUAGCUGUGAAACCGACAACUGUUGUCGAAAUAACGACUCAAAACACUCAUAGCCAGGCUAUAACCACUGAAGGUUCUGAAAAUCACACAGAGGGAACAACGACAAACGAAACUAUUAGUGAGUUAACAACCAAUAAAGAAUUUACUUCCAGAGCUACUCAAACGACUGAUAAAACCGGGAUAUCUACAACGAUGAAUAAUGUAAUCAGCACAGAAAAACAGAUUACAGAGCAGUUUACCACUGAGAAAGCAGUACUUGAAAGAACUACGUACAGUCCUUCGCCAAUAAAAAGAUGCGUUUGUGAUAGUUCAGCAGGCUGGUUCAAAGAUGGAGAUACUUGUAAAAACUAUGCAGACCUAUACGACCCUUGUAGUUCAAUAACAAUAUGCAAAGUAAGACAUUCCCAUUGUGUCUUUGAUGGUGUCAACGUACAAGGAAAAAGAUGUAAAUGUAAAACUGGUUAUAUAGAUGUUCAGCAUAAUGGUACUCUGACCUGUGGUCAAAUUAUAACGCAUUACGAUGACCCUACAUGCAGUAUAUGUGAAAAGCAUGAAGGUAUUUGUUAUAGUUCAACCGGAAACGGCAGACGAGACGGCUGUAAAUGUAAAAGUUCAAGACAAGGCGUUGACUGCGAGAAAUUAUUGGUGAACGUCUAUUGCUCCGUUCCCGCUAACACAAUGACAAUUUGUUUCAAGCCAACAAAUCGAUUCAAUUUUAAAACUGGAAAUUCUGUUUUGCAUGCUAAAGGUAAAGGUAAAGAUGAAGCAUGCAAGGGAAAGCCAGCAGACAAAGAUUCAAUAUGUGAUAAAGAUUCAAUAGCACUUGUCUUAUCUUGGAAAGAAGAAAAUAGACGUCGUUGUGGAACAAAUCACUAUACUGACGGAAAAGGGGAAAGAACUUACGAUAAUGUUAUUGUUGCAGCUGAGGAUUCAAAAAUAAAUACACAAAAUGAUUUGUAUUUCAACACAUAUUGCAAAUUUAGGAAUUAUGUUCAAAACACAUUUAAAGGCAUUGCAGUUCAUGCAGUGCCGGGAAAUGACAGAGGGGAAACGAAAUUGCCAAAUUUACAAUUUGCAGCCGAAUUUCAAACUGGAAAGCUUAUUGAUCCUUCGUAUCCUGUUAGAGUAGGGGAUAAAAUUCGUUUGAUAAUAAAAAUGACAGAUGUGGAAAGUUAUUCUGCAAUUCUUGUUACGGAAAUGACAGCGUCUAGUUCAUUCACUAAACCUGAUCCUAAAGCGGUAACAGUUCCACUUAUUAUGAAUGGUUGCCCUUACGAGAACCAAAAAACAUUUACUAAUGAAAACAUGUGGAAAGUCGCACACAACGAUCCUCGUCAGCUAAGAACUGGUCUUAUACGAAUGUUCAAACUUUCAAAGGGUAGUUCUGUUUUCUUUCACUCAACUGUAAGAAUCUGUCUUAUAGGAGAAGAAAUAAAAUGUAAAUUACAUAACUGUACAUGGCCACUUCAAAAACAACAGUCUAGGCGCAAAAAGAGAGCUUUAAAGACAUCGGAAGAAAUAGAUACUCUAGAACUCAGAUGGUAUGAAGAUACUGGAAACUCAAGUAACGGCGGAUUAACAGCUUUAUUUUGUGUAAUUGCCAUAGCAACUCUGGCUUUAAUCGGAAUAACCGUCUUUUUUGUAAUAACCAAGAAAAAGAUAACUUUUAAGAAACCUGAAGUUUGGACAACUCUACCGCAAAGAUUUGCUAUACCAAGAUUAGAUCAAAAUAAGCAUAUUAGAAUAAGAGAGAUCAUGUCUGACUUCUUUUAUGAAAACGAAUCAAGAACUUCGUCGCCGAAACAACCGAGAUGGCGUACAAAGAUAAGCCCCACUGACAGAUUUAGUGCAGAGAGAUCCUCUCUGAGGAGCACGAAAAGUAAUCCAGCCGCAACCAUUCAUGUCAAACCUAAAGAACCCUUACGCAAAACGAAAAGUUUACCUACAUCUAACACGGAAGGCUGGAAUAAGACUAAGGAAGAUUUGAGAAAGAAAGUACUCUUGAAAAUGGAUGAAUCCGUUCGUCUCAAAAGGGAAAAGGAGGCAAUUUGUUUGAUAGAGGAGCAGCGACGGGAAGAGAAAUUAAGAAAAGAGAAAGAAGAAAAACAGGAGAAGGUUCUCAAAUUACAAGCCAUUAGGGGUCAAAUAGAAGAAGAAAAGACAGUCGUAUACAAUGUAGUAAGUCAUAUAAAUGAUGACAAAGAGGAAGAAAAGCUAUUUAUGAAGUUAUUUAUAAAAAAAAUGCUAAGUAAUCCCAGAGCAAAAAUGAUACUACAAAAUUUCGUUUUAAAAUACAAGCAAAGUCAAAAGGAACAAGAGAAAAUGUUAGAAAAGGAAAAAGAAGAAGCUACAAACGAAAAAGCAAUGGGGAAAAUAGCAAAGAUUUACUCGGACUCCGAAGGAAAGACGCCAAAAUUCAUGGAAAAGACAAAUUUUCCAAGUACGUGUUUCUUACCCGAAUUGGAAAAGAAGCCAGUUUUCAGGACCUCAUCAGUGGAUAGUGACAUGAAAGAUAUGUCAAAACAAGAGCUACGUCAAUACGUACAGGCUUUACAUAAAAUUGUUGACGGAGAUAUUAAAAGCUUGGUAAAAGGUCAGAAAAAGGCUGAAAAAACAGAUAAAUUGAAUUGA